GUGGUAGCCAGCCACGACAGCGUAACUUCGUCUUGUCUUCCGACGCGGGUCAACUAAGGCAGGCAGUGAGAUCAUCGUGGGCCCUUGCCGAUUUCUUAUCCACCAGGGGUCUCAUUUGCUGCAAUACGGGCCGCCCGGAACGUGCGAUUCGCCUGCCUGUGUGAUACUCACUGCCCGCACUCGGAUUCCCAAACUGUCCGCUGGAUGACACAGGGGCGAGCGUGUUCUUAUUCGACUAAGAUACCUCUCAUCCUGCCAAUGGGUACCGAUUGAAUGGCAUUUAGAUUUCAGGAUGAACUUAGUGCUGCAGUCAUUGACUCAAAAUGUGUUUCUUGUUACUGCCAAGGUGCCAGUUCAGUCAACCGAAGCUUUCCAGGCCCCCCAUCCAGCGUCAACCACCCACUCGCUUAAUGCGGUAUUCGUCAGAUGCAUUCCCUCCUUACUUGCACUCAGCUGAUUAAGAACAUAUCAAUCACACUUUCCCCACGUGACGACUAUCCCCCACUACAAGCCGUAUCAGUCGAUGCGGCAAGCAGGAAAUGACGACACAUCGCUUCCCAACCCAAGGCAGCACUGAUUGAACCUGGCAAACGACGAGGCUGGCGACAGCCUAACACAACGCGCUACGAAGAACCAUCCACUACAUACCAUAAAGACGCCUCGGUAGCCAAGGGUCUUUGUAUUGACGGUUUCCUUCAGCACUUUUGCUUGUCGAUCCGCACAACAUGGAGACGCUGAGAGCCAUAUUCGUCAAGCCUGAUCCGCAGCAACAGCUGCGGAAAUGUAACGCUCUCAUUCGCUCCAAUAUCCGUAAACUCGACCGCGACAUCAACCAAGUCAGGCAAGUCGAGGCCAAGACGAAGAACCUCAUCCUCCAAGCCGAUAAGCGAGCCCAACGAGACCCGACGAGACAGAAACAAGCACAGAAGGAGGCGCGCGACUUUGCGCGGGAACUCAUCCGCGCGCGAAAGACGAGCAAUCGCCUAGUCACCUCCAAGGCGCAACUCAACAGCGUGCAGAUGCAGGUCAAUGAGGCGUUUGCAGUGAGGAAGAUCGAGGGCAGCAUCCGCGCGAGCGUCGGUGUGAUGAAGGACGUCAACCGUCUGAUUCGGCUGCCUGAACUGGCCGGCACGAUGCAGGAACUCAGCGCGGAGCUCAUGAAGGCCGGCAUCAUCGAAGAGAUGGUCGGCGAGAGUCUGCCCGAGGACAUGGACGAGUUCGAAGAGGAGGAGGCCGAAGGCGAGGUCGACAAGGUUCUCGGUGAAAUUCUCAAGGACCGUAUGUCCAAGGAGAAGCUUCCCGCUGCGCCGGUCACGCAAGAACCCAAGCCGGUCGAGGUCGAGGAGGAGGAAGAGGAUGCCGAGGCUAUGAUGAACCAGAUGCGCAACAGACUGGAGGCCUUGCGGAGCUAAGGGCUUGCAUAUCGAUAAAGACGGCGUACGGCGUUUUGUUUCGCGGGCCAAUUCUGUCAGCUCAGCUUUUUUGAAGGCAACAUUUCACACAAGGGUCUGGAUACAGCGACGGAGACACGUCCAGGUCUGUCAGAGCCUCCACAGGCGAUCUGUCGGGAGUGUUCAUAAGUCGACAGUUUCUGUGGCUCUCAUUGUGCUCCCGGGUCAUCUUCAUGUUUCGUCUGGCGUUUGGAGUAGCCAUCAUUCAGAAGUAAACAUUGUCUUCACGUGUUGAAAGGUCAGACUGGUGGCUCUAGGCCAAAGGACACUGCGCGAUUCCUCUCGCUUGACUAUUUAUAUGAGUUCAAAGACUUCAGAAGAAAGUCCUGAAAUGAGAAAAUGUCUUCC